GAGCAAGAGGCGGCGGAGGCGGGCGAAGAGUCGGCCGGGAGCGAGACGGAAAAUUAGAGACUGAACCAGUCGCCCUCGUGCUUUUCGUUUCCCCGUCAUUCAAACCGCGCUCCAGACAAACUCCGACGGCAGAUGUCUGGCGCCGCGACCCGAUUGUCGUGUCGUUAGCGGAAUUCUCGCGGGAUCUUCACAGUGCGUCCCGUUCCGCGUCUCCUGGAAAGUGAUCGCGCAGCUUCCACCGAUCCUCUUCAAGGUCGGCGGAUAUUUCAAGAUUCCCAACGAUCGGUUCGCCCGCAACGCGCAACAGUUCCAUUCGAAUUACUUCUAUCGAGUAAUUUCAAGAGAAUUCCUCGUUGACGAGAACUGGACAAUGCUUAGAGGCAUCAAUCGGAAAGUCGUUGGUCGGUUGAAUCGCUUCCGCCGACAUUUUUCCGCGGUAUCGGCGUGAAUAAGGUGUGACCGUGUGCCUCUUCGGUGAUCGGAAUACGGAUUCAGUGAGGACUCGAAAAACGAAUCGAAUCCUAUUGUUCUGUUUGUCGAUAGAAUAGAGAACAAAUUUUUAGAGAGUUUGCUCGAGGGUGCGAGAUGGUUCGGUGUUUUCGAGACAUUGCCUCAGUGUUCCAUUGACAACGGCCACGUGGAUUUGAAUGGAGUGCCGAGGAAAAGGCGGCCGUGGGGAGCGUGAAACUUCAAGGGACUCGAAGGAACGUCCUCGAACCGCGGUUUUGUUGCCGGAAGAGUAAAGGAGGAUCAUUGUAGUAGGUUCGGCCGGGAUUCGUCAGUGAUCCGAAACUCGCGGCCGGAGCGCGUCGUUCCUUUCCUCGCGUUCUCCAGUUUCUCCGGGGCUGAACGUGGUCCGGCGCUAUUAUUGCAGUGCCGCCUAAAUAUAGGUGAGAGCGCACGCUUGACGCAAAUCGAAAACACCACCUAUAAACGCGCGUUCGACUUUUUUCUUUGGACAUCGACGACGCGUCCCGCGCAUUUCAACGACGCUUCCGUUUCACUUUCGAGACCAGUGGCCCCGGUUACCAUCGGCGCCAUGAAGGGACCCGUGUGCUGGAUCUUGCUCUCUGUUUGCAUCAUCGGUGGGAUCGAUGCACUGCUCGACGAAUAUAAAAUCCCUGAGCCACUUCUGGACUACAAUGGAGCAAAGAGAUUUCACUGUCCACCAAGGGGCAACAAACAGCCACCAAACAGGCAGGACACUUCAUUAAGACUGAAACAAUUACGAUCAGAAAUGGUCCGCAUUGCUUCUAUCCAAGGACCACCUCUGAAUGGAUAUAUUGUCACUUCAGACGAUGCACAUCAGACAGUGAACUACGUUAGUCACGGCCAUGGGGGGCCGUUGGAGAGCGAAUCGCUGGAUCCACGAGAUAUGAGAAGAGAAUUCAUCACCGGAUUCUAUGGCAGUGCCGGAGAGGCUGUUAUUACGUUGAACAAGGCUGUGUUUUGGACUGAUGGGAGAUAUCACGAUCAAGCUGACCAACAGCUUGAUUGCAAUUGGAUACUUAUGAAACGUGGCAGAGAAAACGUACCCACGCUAACAGAAUGGCUGAAACACGAAUUUCAAAGCAACCUUUCAGUACGUAUUGGCGCUGAUCCAACGUUAGUUUCCGCCGUCGACUGGGAAACUUGGGAAGAGAAAUUAGCGAAUUCACCCGUAAAAUUGGUUCCUGUCCGUAACAACCUGGUGGACUUGAUCUGGCAGGUCGGCCGACCGAAUUACAAUCCGCACGCGGCUUAUCCGCUGCUGGACAAGUACGCCGGAAAAGCCUGGCAGGAAAAGGUCCAGUUGGUCCGUGCGGAAAUGGAAGCGUCGAACGCCGACGCGUUCGUCGUCACCGCGCUCGACGAGAUAGCCUGGCUAUUCAAUAUUCGCGGAUACGACCUGCCCAACACGCCCGUGUUACGGGCGUACGCUGUCGUUACCCUGGGUUCGAUCCACCUGUACACGCCGCGGCAGAAAAUUCUGCGCUCCGUCGAGGUGCAUUUGAAGAUGGACUAUUGCAACCACGAGAACUGCGUGAACUGGCAUAAUUACACGUCCAUUUGGUACGAUUUGCGAACUAUGUCUCAAGCGUGGAACACCGUGUGGCUGCCGACGCAGUGCGGUUAUACUCCAGGCGCCUCCAUGGAAGUAUUCAAUUCUAUCCCAUCGGAGAAACGUUUACCGAAACCUUCACCGGUGGUGAAUCUUCGAGCACAAAAGAAUCCAGUCGAGGUGGAGGGUAUGCGAAGAUCUCACCUGAGGGACGCUGUGGCGAUGUGCGAUUUUUUAGCGUACAUGGAGGAGCAGUACGAAUUGAACUCGGAUGGUUGGGACGAGAUGCAGGUGGCCAGGUUGGCGAACGAGUUCCGUUACGAGCAGGACAACAAUAAGGGCAUCUCGUUUCCGACCAUCGCUGGGUAUGGGCCUCAUGCAGCGAUUCCCCAUUACGAACCCAACAAUCUCACGAAUAUCAUGAUCGGGAAGACGUCCACCUUAGUGGUGGACUCUGGAGGUCAAUAUUUAGAUGGAACAACCGAUAUAACGAGGACCCUCCAUUUCGGAAUUCCAACUGAGGAGCAAAAGAAAGCGUACACCAGGGUCUUAAUUGGAGCGAUACAAUUAUCAUCCAUGGUAUUCCCGAGUACCUUAAAGUCCAGUCACCUGGAUGUUGUCGCAAGAUCUCCAUUAUGGAAUGUCGGUUAUGAUUACUUGCAUGGAACUGGCCACGGGAUCGGUCACUUCCUGUCUGUACACGAAUCACCUAUUAGCAUAUCCUACAUGCAAGUUGCAACAUCAGACGAAGGAUGCGGGCCAAUUGAACUGCGGCCAGGAUAUUUUUUGUCCAACGAACCAGGAUACUACAAGAAAGGCGAUUUCGGCGUGCGAUUGGAGAACAUCCUCGAGGUCGUAGAAGCGAGUAAACCGGGAGACACGGAAACAUUUCUAAAAUUCAGAGACGCAACUCUGGUACCAUACGAGCCGAAAUUGAUUGACACUAGCAUGUUGACUCCAUCCCACAAAUGGUGGUUAAAUAAUUAUAAUCGUCGAAUUCGGGACGAAGUUGGGCCAGAAUUAAAAAGGAGACUUAAAAUGAACGCUUUCGACUGGUUGCUGAGAAAAACUGCAGUCAUUCCGGAGUCGAGUCCGGUCGAUAAGGGAUUACUUUUCGGCCACUCUCACUCGUCACCUUCCACGUUUAAACAAUUCCAUGUGUUAGUUCUCGUUGUCUUCAUCUAUCAUGCACUACCUAGUCUUUCCUAUAUAUGGAGUUAAUUAAAAGGAGGGAAAGCAUUAGUUUGUGAAAUUUUAGCGAGUGAAAAUAAAUGGAUCAAUUUUAAGUUAUUUGUAUAAUAAAUAGUUUAUUUGAAAUGUUAUAUUUAUAUAAAUAUAAAGAUGUAUUACAUCAUCUUUUAUCGCGACUAGUGGUUAUUUGUUUUUAAAUUUUCAUAAUUUGUACUGUGUAAUAUAAAUGGAAAUGGGUAUACAUAGCAAUUAGAAAUUGUAAACAACCAUAUUGUCAUGCGAUCAUUUGUGUAAUUAUAUUUUUUUGUAAAUACGUAUAAUUUAUUUAUUCGUUACAUAAUUAUUCAAUUAUCUAUACAACACUUAAAUGAAAUAUACAAUAAAUUACAAUAUAAUUACUUUUCUUUUAAUAGCGGAGGGUCAGAUGUUUGAUCUUCUUCAAAUAUUGUACUCAAUGAAAUAGGAAUCACAAAAUAUUUCAAAAUAUUUUCUGAAACAAAACACAAUGUAACACUAUUAAAAUAU